AUGUCUAUGCUUGCUACAGCAUCCCCUUCUCCUCACCCUUCAUCUUUCGGCAUGCCCCGUCCAUGGGAAACCAACCGAUGUCCCGACUAUUCACUUCGACCGAGGACCGAGAACGACAAAGUCGCACUUCCUUCAAUUCGACAGGUACAUAACAUCGAUUCGACAAAAGUCAGUGAAAGAGCAGAGUCUCGGUCGACGCUACCCAGUCUUCCUCCACCACGUUCUCUGGAACGAGAACUACCUGUGGGCCGUGGCACAGCACCUACAGACGGCUAUCGACCACCUCAGCAGUCGAUGCCACAUUCACGAACACCCAUAUCUGAGCCCGGCGUUUCACCAUACCGUGAGAACGGUUAUGGUUAUCCUUAUCACCACCCAACACGAUACCAAUCACUAUCCACAGGAUCAGCUCACUCGUAUGACCGGACACCAUUUACUCCAGGCACAUACAACACGCCUUACCAAGAUUUCGUUCGAUUUGGGGACAUGAGCUCUGCCAGUCUUAGCGGUGAUAACAAACAACGGAAGCGAAGAGGAAACUUGCCCAAAGAGACUACAGACAAGCUCAGGGCGUGGUUCGUCGCACACCUUCAACACCCAUACCCUACCGAGGACGAAAAGCAAGAUCUCAUGCGACAGACUGGGCUACAGAUGAGUAAGUUCGGCCGCACUAAACCAAGGACGGAGAAGCCUAGUCAAAACUGGAAACUAACAUGUCCACCAACAGAUCAAAUCUCCAACUGGUUCAUCAAUGCUCGACGUCGCCAAUUGCCAGCCAUGAUUAACAACGCUCGCGCCGAAACUGACGCCAUGACGGGCGCUCGAGGCGGUGACCUAAAGGUCCUCGCCACAACAGAACGGGGUGACUUUGACCACUCCAAACGAGAGCCCGCCGGACCCUUAAGUGACGGUGAGGGCGCCACUUAUGACGAGGAACUUGAGGCGUUGAGCCAGCGAAGGCCUGGCACCAUCGGCAGGGGCAGCGUCUAA